AACAAUGCAAAGUAUAAUUUUAUUUUCAAACAAAUCCACUCCAACUACUUAAAUAUUACGGAAAGUUUAAAUAUUAUUACAAUAUUGUAGUACUGUAUUGUAAAGAGCUUUAGAGUCGUUUUCUUAUCCUAGUUACAUUUGUUCUCUGAAUACAAGGCGAAGAACAAAGAUAUUUAACGUCACCUAACUUUAAAGCCAUUUAGGUCUGUCCUCUGUACUAAAACAGUAAAUAUCACACAGUCUUCAGGAAAGCCAUAAAUACAGUAAAGAAGCCCAGCAGACAGGAAUCACACCUGCUGUCACAACACAUUCUUCUACUGGACUAUUCUGACUCACUGUUGUAAUGAUGGAGUGUGUUAUAGAGAAGAGUGAUGAAGAAUCAUACACAAUGAGAGAUGAAGAUACUGAGGAAGAAACAGAGCUGAUGGGAGUGAAAGAGGAACAUGAAAAGGAAGAUGAACAUCACCACGACAAUUUCAGAACUGAAGAAAAUUCUUUCAGCUCCUCUCAAACUGAUGAGAAUUCCGCUCUGGAAAAAGCUGAUGACAACAGUUCUUUUGUAUGCCAUGUUUGCAGUAAGACUUUCUCACAAAAAAGGCACCUUACGUAUCAUAUGAGGAUUCACACAAGAGAAGACCCUUACACCUGCCCGCAGUGUGGAAAGAGUUUUUUACAAAGAAGAUAUCUUGAUCAUCACAUAAAGACUCACUCUAGAGGGAGGCUAUACUCCUGUCCUCAAUGUGAUAAGGCUUUCAAAAGUAAAGGGAAUCUUCAAGAACAUAUACUGACUCACACUGACCAAAAGCCUUUCUCAUGCCCUCAAUGCGGAAAGAGUUUUAAAUCUAAGAGAAGCCUUACUAGUCACAUGAAGUUUCACACUUGUGUCACCUGCCCUCAGUGUGAUAAGACUUACACAAGUAAAGCAAAUCUAGAGAAUCACAUACGAGUUCACACGGGAGAGAAACCUUUCACAUGCCCUCAGUGUGAUAAGACUUACACAUAUAAAGCAAAUCUAGAGAAUCACAUACGAGUUCACACGGGAGAGAAACCUUUCAAGUGCCCUCAGUGUGAUAAGGCUUACACAUGUAAAGCAAGUCUAGAUAAUCACAUACGAGUUCACACGGGAGAGAAACCUUUCACAUGCCCUCAGUGUGAUAAGAGUUUUACACAACGAGGACAUCUUAAAUAUCACAUACGGAUUCAUACAGGUGAGAAGCCUUACUUGUGUCAUCUGUGUGAUAAGAGUUUCACACACAGACCGAGUCUCAAACGUCAUCUGAUGAGACACUCGAAUGAAAGGCCGUUUAGCUGCGAUCAGUGCGAUCAAAGGUUUCUUACUGCAACGCUGCUAAACAGACACCAAAAGACUCAUACCCCUGUGAAAGGUGGCGUGUGCUCUGUGUGGAAAGAGUUUCACAUGUAAGCAAUAUGAAGUGUCACACUAGUGAUUGGCCUUUCACCUGCGCUUAGGGUGGGAGGGAUUACUAUUUAAAUUACUUCUAGAGGCAAAGAGAAAUCUUUAAAAUUGUUAAGGGAAUUUAUAUAACUUAUUUUCCUUUUUGUAAGUGUUUUAAUAAAGUUGUGCUUUGCUGAC